AUAUAGCUCCAUUUUAUACAAUGUGCAAUUUUUAUAAUUAUUUAUAUUGUGCAGGAGAAUGUGCUAGAUAUGUUGAUUGUGAUGUAUUUAUAUUAUUAAGGAAAGUCAUGUGUUAAGGAUACUGCCUGUGGAUGGUGUGAAGAUCAACCUCAUAUAAUUAUUAGUUGUGUUUAGCUAGAUUCUGAUGGCAUUUAGUGUCCAUAAAAUUAUUUAAUAGGAGAUGGAGCUGAUAAAUGUCCAAAACGAUAAUUGAUUGUUUUAAAAACUGUAAAUAAUAAGAAAAGAAAAGAAACUAAAGCAGAAGAACCAAAUAAUAAAAACUCAGAAAGAGGCUGGGAGGAUAAUUAUGGUAUUUUUCUCAAUAAUGGAGUUCAUAGUAUUUGUCAGACAAGGAAGAUAUAAGGAGAGAAUGAAUGCUCUUAGAGAAAAUGCUAGUCCUUCUGGAGCAUCAGUUGGAACUAAUGAAUUGGAUAGAUUAUAUGAUGAGAGAGCAACUUUAGAGAAAAAACUUAAUUCUUAUUAGAAAUAAUAUAAAAAACUAGUUGGAGAGGGGGGAGAAGAUGGAUAGGACGAAAAUGCAGAUGAAUGA